CAUUUAGUUGCUUUUAUAACCAAUUUGUGUGCGGAGAGUGUGUUUAUUAUUGUUUUUUCGCUUUCUAUUUGUUAUUUUGUAUUAUUAAGAUUCGACCAACGAACUGGUAUUGAGUGCGGGUGUAUUUUGAAGGGGUCUUGUGAUUUUUCUAUAAAUGAAUAGAUAAAACUGAAAUUCAUUUUUAAAGAAUUUUAAUUUAACACGUUAUAAAAAAUGCCUCAAAGAAGUACUGGAAAUUGGUCGUUUAGUCCAUAUACAAACCGAAAACUAAUGCGCCAUCUAGCGCCUGUGCCCGAAAUUGAAAUAACAGAAAGUAAGUGCCCAGACAAUUCUUCUAUUUUGCAAAUGAAAACACAGAAAUGGUGUGAAUUGCCAGCAUCUGGUAACCCUGAUGAAGACUAUGAUUACAACCACAACAGUAGUUUAAGAAAAAUGGAAGCAGAAAAACAAGAGGCCAAAAAUUUGCAAAUGGAGUUUGAGUGGGUGCUAAAAGAGGAGGUUCAUCAUUUAUUAAAAAAAUUAAAGUUGAUACUCAUUGAAUGCGCCCAUCGAUUUCCUGUUCCUUUAUACGAAAACGAAGGUAAAAAGACUGAAAAAUUUAUACUCUCUGUACAACCGCCAGAUCAGCUGAAGGCCAUUUUAACUUUAACUGGCGAUACAAUAACAAAGGCGGAUAUUAGCUUUAAGUUGUCCAAACCACCUCACCAAAUACAACGGACCUCUAUUACUCAAGAUUCCCCAUGGAAGUUGCAGCAAGUACAAGAUGCUGCUAAUCAUUUGCAACAGGCCAUAAAUCACAUUGAUGACGUCGAUGAUUCGUAUCACUUUAAGACCUCUGAUGAAGUUUUACAUGUUGUGGGAAAUAUUUUGGAAGCUUUACAGCGUGGUCGUGUUUCAUUAAUAAUACCCAAAAAGAAGCCUAUCGACGAGUUGAUAAAGGGACGUAAUAUGAAAUCGUUGUCACCAAAUUUGUCAGAAGAUUUAGCUAUUAGUUUCUACUUACAAUCGCACAAAUUGAUUAUAGCCGUUUAUCAAUUGACCAACAUACAGGGUGUUAUGAGAUUUGAUACGUGUCAAGCAGAAGCUUCUGUAAAUUGGCUAAAUGAGGUAUUAAUAAUGCUAACAGCCGGUCUGCAGUUAUGUCAACAAUUAAAAGAUAAAAUUUCGGUUUUUUCGCUUUAUAAAGAUUUUAAAGUUGGCUCGCGCUCUUCAUCGGCCUUAUCUUAUUGACCAUGCAUGAUGCUGCAUGGUACUUUGGAUUAUACACUAAAUGGCCUUAGGUUGUAUACUUAUUUAUUUAGAAUAAAUUAAAAUUAAUUUAAAAUCGGUAUUUCAACUAUCGAAUAUUGUUACAAAUUGCAUAAAAUGCUUAACUAUUUUGAUUUGUAUAACUAUGAUAAUUUAUACUCAAAGUUUCAUGUUUCAACGAAAUGCCAUCUAUUUGUAAACAUUUCAGUACUUAAAAUUUAAAGAAAAAAUUAAUUAUGUACUAUGCAUAUUGAUUGUACUAUUUUAAACAAAAAAGACACCAAGCUGCCUUAAUCACAACUUAUAGGAUUUAUUUUAUUUGUUCUAUUAUUUUAUUAAUUAAUUACUGUUGACACUGUAUUUUAUUUUAAUUAAAAAAAUAAAGCAUCUUAAAAUUA